GAAAAUGAAUUUCUAUUAAGAUGGCUUAAAUUUCCAUUGCACUAAACACUAAGAUGGGCUUAUUUGCUACGUUGCGAAACUACAUGGACUUAUUUGCUCUUCUGCUAUUAAUUCUUCCACCCCCACUCCUCCCACUCGUCGUCAAAUAUGAAUUGUCUUGAUUGACAUUGCCGCCGGUGGCUGCAAAUCCUGUCGGUCGUCUCCGGCAAAGUCGACCCGCAACAAUGGAUCAAUCUUUCCUGCUGAUGCUAACAAAUCUUCUUCACCUCCACAACCACCUUGACCCCACCACCUCUCUUCUCUCCGAUUCCACCUCAUCCUACUCUUCCUCCGUCGCUUCACCCACAUCCCCUACUUCCCUCCUCACCUCUACCUCCGCCGCCCCUCUCCUCUUCUUCACCAUCGCAUCCGUUCUCUCCUACCUCGCUACCCACCCACACAAGAAAAAACCCAAAACUUCCACUUCUUCACCUAAUAACAACCCUUCUUCUCCAUCGCCCGCAGCCGCUGAAUUCUCCGUCUCCGCCUUUCGUGCCCUCUCCACUGAACAUAUUUGGGCUAUGGAAGCCCCUCUCCGUGACGCUCAGUGGCGUUCCCUUUACGGACUCUCGUAUCCUGUUUUCACCACCGUUGUUGAUAAGCUGAAACCCUACAUUACCCAGUCCCAACUCUCUCUACCUUCUGAUUACGCCGUUGCUAUGGUACUUUCUAGACUCUUCCACGGCUUUUCUGCUAAAACCCUAGCUACCCGUUAUGGCCUUGAACCUUACCUGAUCUCAAAAAUUACUAACAUGGUCACCAGACUCUUGGCUACUAAGCUUUACCCGGAGUUUAUCAAGAUUCCGGUGAGUCGACGGCGUCUUGUGGAGACCACUCAAGGGUUCCAAGAGCUGACUUCACUACCCAAUAUAUGUGGAGCUAUUGAUGGAACGGCCGUGAGGUUGCAGCAUCUUCCGUCCGAAACUGUUAACUCGUCCAUGUACUAUAGCCGAUAUGGGUUCCCAUCCAUAUUACUUCAGGUUGUUGCUGAUCACAAGAAGAUCUUUUGGGAUGUUUGUGUGAAAGCCCCAGGUGGAUUUGACGAUGCUACGCAUUUUAGAGAUAGUCUCUUGUAUAAUAGGUUGAUUUCUGAUGAUAUUGUUUGGGACAAAGUGGUUAAUGUUAGAGGAGAACAUGUGAGGCCCUACAUUAUUGGGGAUUGGUGUUUUCCGUUGUUGUCGUUUUUGCUCACUCCAUUUUCCGGGAAUAGGACUGGCUCACCUGCUGAGAAUGCCUAUGAUGAGGCCUUGUUAAAGGGGAGGAAGAUGGUUGAGGAAGCUAUAGGUUUGUUGAAAGGAAGGUGGAAAAUUCUUCAGAAUUUGAAUGUGGGACUCAGUCAUGCACCCCAAACUAUUGUUGCUUGUUGUGUGUUGCAUAACUUGUGUCAGAUUGCAAGGGAGCCGGAGCCAGAACUUUGGGGGGAGCCAGAAGAGAAUGGUUCCCCUCCAAGGGUGUUAGAGAAUGAGAAGUCUUUCUAUUAUUGUGGUGGAAGCGCGAGGCAGGCCUUGGCUGAUGAUCUAUAUCAACGGCUCUCAUCAAGAUGAGAAGAGUUUUCAGAAAGAUGCUUGCUUUGAUGGAAACCUGCAGCCGCUAUCCUUUGGGGUGUGCACAGGGUAACACCCCUGCUCCUAUCCGAAAGAUUUUAUGCUGGAGGAGGAAAUAGAAAGAUUUACUUGUCUGUGAUUCAUGAGCACAUAUGCAUCUGUCUUUGUUCAGCUCCUCAUUUUUACCUUAUUCUGACUAUCAUGACCUUUUAGUUGUCUAUAUUUCUGCAUUUGCUUGACCUAAGUUAGAAGGCAGCAUCCGGAGUCAUUGACCAUACAUAAGCUUGAGAUAUAAAAUCAUACAUUGAUUCUUCAUUUAUGAAAUCUGGAGUAGUUUUCUU